AUGAUCUUCCCCAGCAGCAGCGGCAACCCCGUGGGCAGCAGCAACCGCAGGACGCCCUCUUGCAAGCAGCAGUCUCUGGUCCCAGCGCACCCCAGGGCCCCUCCCAGCCCCAGCACCACCAGCAGUAAUAACGACAGCAGCAGCAGUAGCAACUCAGGAUGGGACCAGCUGAGCAAAACAAACCUCUGUAUCCGAGGGCUGCCUCCCAACAGCACAGACCAGGACCUGGUGAAGCUGUGUCAGCCAUAUGGGAAGACCGUCUCCACGCAGGCAAUUUUGGAUAAGACAACAAACAAAUGCAAAGGUUAUGGUUUUGUCGACUUUGACAGUCCUGCAGCAGCCCAGAAAGCUGUGUCUGCCUUGGAGGCUAGUGGGGUUCAAGCUCAAAUGGCAAAGCAACAGGAACAAGAUCCUACUAACCUGUACAUUUCUAAUCUGCCACUGUCCAUGGAUGAGCAAGAACUUGAAAAUAUGCUCAAACCAUUUGCACAGGUUAUUUCUACAAGGAUACUGCGGGAUUCCAGUGGCACCAGUUGAGGUGUUGGCUUUGCUGGGAUGGAAUCAACAGAGAAGUGUGAAGCCCCACCCAGGCGCCCCGUCAUUGGUCAUUUUAAUGGAAAAUUCAUUAAGACACCACCUGGAGUUUCUGCUCCUACAGAACCUUUGUUGUGUAAGUUUGCGGACAGAGGACAGAAGAAGAGGCAGAACCCAAACAAAUACAUCCCUAAUGGAAGACCAUGGCAUCCAGGAGGAGAGGCUGGAAUGACACUUACUUAUGACCCAACCACAGCUGCUCUACAGAACGGAUUUUAUCCUUCACCAUACAGUAUUGCUACAAACCGAAUGAUCACUCAAACUUCUCUUACAUCCUAUAUUGCAUCUCCUGUAUCUGCCUACCAGGUGCAAAGUCCUUCUUGGAUGCAACCUCAACCCUAUAUCCUACAGCACCCCGGGGCUGUGUUAACUCCCUGGAUGGAGCACACCAUGUCACUACAGCCCGCGUCUAUGAUCAGCCCUCUGGCCCAGCAGAUGAGUCAUCUGUCACUAGGCAGCUCCGGAACAUACAUGCCUGCGACAUCCGCUGUGCAAGGGGCUUAUUUGCCACAGUACACACACGUGCAGACCAGAGCCGUUCCCGUUGAGGAAGCAGGUGGACAGCAGCAGGUGGCUGUCGAGACGUCUAAUGACCAUUCACCAUAUUCCUUUCAACCUAGUAAGUAACUGUGAGAUGUACAGAAGGGCGUUCUUACAUGAAGAAGGGUGUGAAGGCUGAACAAUCAUGGAUUUUUCUGAUCAAUUGUGCUUUAGGAAAUUAUUGACAGUUUUGCACAGGUUCUUGAAAACGUUAUUUAUAAUGAAAUCAACUACAACUAUUUUUGCUCUACGUUCUAUAAGGUGCAUAAAACCCUUAAAUUCGUCUAGUAGCUGUUUCCCUGAACAGGUUUAUUUUAGUAAAACAAACAAACACCAAAAAAAAAAAAAAAAAAAGAUUUUUUUCAAAUGUUACGAUGCAAAAAAAAAAAGGAAAAAAAAGAUAAAAAAGUAAGAAAAAAGAAAAGAAAAAGAAAACUUCAAUUUUCUGGGUAUGCACAAAGACCAUGAAGACUUAUCCAAGUGCAUGACCGGAUUUUUGUGGUUUUUGUCCAUUUUGUGUUUAUUUGCGUUUCCUUCAGCUGUAUGCAGUGGGCUCUGACGUUUAAGUAGUCCGACUUCCCCCAUGGUGUUCCUUGCUUGCGAGUGUGAGUGUCGCUGUAUCCAGUGUUGCCCUCCGCGUCUCUCUUCUUAGCUUUUCUGUUUUUCUUUCAACGUAGUGUGAAGUGUCUUCCCCUUCUCUAUGAAUUCCAAUUUGCCUUACCUCCUUUGAUGCUGUAGCUGUUUCAGUAAAAGUUAGUUCAAACUAAUGAUGUAGAACGCUUUGACCAAAUGAGCUGGUCUGUUAUGCCUUGUAAAACAGCAGCAUAGAGCUUUUAAAAGGUAGU